AUGGUGAAAACCGUACACGCCGUCGCGCUCGGGGUCGUGAUCGCUGCCGCUGCAGUAGAACUUACUCAAGCGACAUCUCUGAACUGCAACGCUUACAUGCCAACGGGAGCUGAUGUGCCUUUGACUAAUGAUCACCCAGCAGUCAUGAAGGAUUACAACGGCGCCGUACCUGUCGAAUAUCCAGUUGACCAGUGCAAGGCCUCGGAAUUCGGACCAGCCGGGCGUAAAUUGCGUCGAAUGGAAGAUGCACCCAGCUCGGACAUCACGGAUCUGGAGACGUAUUUCGGCGAGAGUCUGGAAAUGGACUUCACGACGCUAAAGGAGCAGUACUCUUCUGCAUCUGCGCCAACUACUCCGUGGCCAGGUAGCUACUGGCCCGCGUACCAGGACAGUAUCAACGUCAUCUGGAAAUCAGGUGAGAAGAGUGCCAGCGCGAAGUACGCCGAAGCGUUCGGACUCGAUCCCGUUGAUUUAAUGAACAAGAUUUCGGCUGGAAACGGCAUCGACGCAUACGCCAACAACACGAAAUGCACUACCGACGCGGACUGCACGUCCCGUAAUGACGGGAGUGUGUGCAGCAUACGCAAAGAUGCCUCCAGUGGCUACUGUAUCGCGACCUGGUACGGCAUUUGCCACGCCUGGGCGCCCGCUGCUAUCCUCGAGAACGAGCCAAAGUGCGAUGUAGUGAAGAAUGGACAGACGUUCCAUGCCAUGGAUAUUAAGGCUCUACUGACGGAAGUCUAUGACGGCUCGGCUAUCCCGACCGUCUUCACCGGUGCACGGUUCAACGGCCCUGACACGCCGGUCAGUACCGACCAGUACGGACGCUAUACGAGCGCUGCACGGCGUGAUUUAGGUGCCGGUUUCUUCCACCUCGCCAUCACUAACAUCAUGGGUAAACACAAGCAGUCGUUCAUUCUAGACGUCACGGCAGGAGCUCAAGUCUGGAACCAACCUGUGCGGUCGUAUAAGGUGCAGACUAUGGAGCUGAUGGACAACGCACAGGCAUCGCAGCAGUAUUUCAACACGGGUACAUACCCGUUUAACGCCGAGAUGGUGUAUCUCGCGUACGUUAAGACUACUGUAAGCUGGAUCAUCGAGGCGUACGCUGACGGUCCACUUGCUUCAUCCGACAAGGUGGACACGUACACGGUCUCGAAUGACUAUGAAUAUUUGCUCGAGUUGGACGCAAACUACGCAGUUAUCGGCGGCGAGUGGGUGGGACGCUCGAAAACAGACCACCCGGACUUCCUAUGGUUCCCGACGGCCAAACCUGAUGAGAAUACGGUCACCAGCACAGGUCUGAGCUACGCCAAUGUGAAGGAACUGCUUGAUAUGUCCGUGGCUUGUGGUGCCCCUGAAGGCGCUUCGACCAGCACCUCUAAAGGAGCUUCGACCAGCACCUCUGAAAGUGCAUCGACAAGCACUUCAGCAAGUGCUUCUGCGUCAGAGACAGCGUCCGGUAGUGCUUCAGGAUCUGUGUCAUGGGAUGGUUCGACAACGCUGGAUAGUACUUCAAAUUCUAGCUCAACUGGUGGCUCUGGCGUAUCUGGCGAGGGCUCCUACGCAGUGAGCAGCGCAUCUGAAGACGGAUCUGCCACUGUCGCGUCUUCUUCAGGUUCCAGUGAAAGCACUACCGUUACUACGGAUACGUACAGCAAAAGUUCUUCAGGGUCGACUAUAGAAGUCACCGCUGCGAGUCUUCCUAAUGGCCUGGAUACGUUGACUAUCACCCCCGAGACGAGUUCACCCACGGUGGAGGAAUCCGCCACUGUCACGGAUGCCCCGAUUGAUACCGGCUACUACACUGCUCCCCCGACCACGGCAGGUCAAGACCUAGCCGACGUGCUUGACACCAUCAACACAACCGGUUCGUCCAGUCUGUCUGAAACGGAGACGGUCAUUGAUGUGGAGUCAACUAGCCAGCAAGAAAGCGCCACUACAGUCCACAACAGCUGCCAUUAAGCAGAGUAUUCACUCAUUGUUCUGCACAGAACGCGACACAAUCGUUUAAAGUCGCCAGCCCUUAUGCGUCGAUGACAUUUGAGUCUGAGCUGGCACAUACCAAAACGAAUUAAUAUUCAUCAACAAAACAUGGUAAAAACGAAAAAAAAAAUCGUAGUUUAGAAUACCA